UGGAGAGUCUGGGGCUGGGAAAACAGAGAGUACUAAACUGAUACUCCAGUUUCUGGCUGCUGUAUCUGGCCAGCACUCAUGGAUUGAGCAGCAGAUACUUGAGGCAAACCCCAUUAUGGAAGCUUUUGGAAAUGCCAAAACAAUCAGAAAUGACAACUCAAGCCGCUUUGGCAAGUACAUUGACAUUCACUUCAACGAGAAUGGAGUGAUAGAGGGAGCCAAAGUAGAGCAGUAUUUGCUGGAGAAAUCUCGUAUUGUGAGCCAGAUGCAUGACGAGAGGAACUAUCACAUCUUCUACUGUAUGCUAGCUGGCAUGUCACAGGAAGAUAAAUCCAAACUGGAACUGCAAAAUGCCACGAACUAUCAGUACUUGAUUCAAGGAGGAAGUGUUGUCUGUGAAGGCAGAGAUGAUAAGAAAGAUUUUGCUGACAUCCGAUCUGCCAUGAAAGUUCUCAUGUUCACAGACGAUGAGAUCUGGGAGAUACUCAAAGUGCUGGCAGCACUGCUACAUCUUGGAAAUGUGAAAUACAAUGAAAUUGAGAUGGACAAUCUGGCGGCCACAGAAAUCCAGGAUAUCUCUUUCAUUAACAAAGUGGCCAGACUGUUAGAGGUAAAUGCCCAAGAGUUGGUGGAUGCUCUCACCACAAGGACCAUUGUCACUAAAGGAGAAAGUGUAACUUUCACCAUUGGGAAAGAGCAGUCAUUGGAUGUACGAGAUGCUUUUGUCAAAGGAAUCUAUGGCCGUAUGUUCAUAUGGAUUGUUGAAAAGAUCAAUGUGGCCAUCUAUAAACCAAAGGGGAGCAAGUAUCGCAAGUCUAUAGGAGUUUUGGACAUCUUUGGAUUUGAGAACUUUGAUAAGAACAGCUUUGAACAGCUGUGCAUCAACUAUGCCAAUGAGAAUCUCCAGCAGUUCUUUGUGAGACACAUCUUCAAGCUGGAGCAGGCUGAGUACAACCUGGAGGGGAUCAACUGGCAUCAUAUUGAAUUUGUAGAUAACCAGGACUCCCUGGACCUGAUUGCAGCCAAGUCCAUGAACAUCCUGGCUCUGAUCGAUGAAGAAAGCAAGUUCCCAAAGGGAACAGAUGAAAGUUUAUUACGCAAGCUACAUCAAUACCAUGGCAACAACCCAAAUUACUUGAAACCCAAGGCUUCAGUCAAUCAAACUUUUGGGCUCAACCAUUUUGCUGGUGUUGUCUUUUAUGACUGUAGAGGAUUUCUGGAAAAGAACAGGGAUACAUUCAGUGGAGACCUAAUUGCUCUGAUUCAUGAUUCCAGGAGCAAAUUCAUCAACAUGAUCUUUUCUGCAGAUCUCUCAAUGGGUACUGAAACAAGGAAGAAAUCACCAACAUUAGCCUUCCAGUUUAAGAAAUCUCUAGAGCAACUAAUGAACACACUAAGUACUUGCCAGCCAUUUUUUGUUCGCUGCAUCAAGCCAAACGAGUUCAAGAAACCACUGAUCUUUGAUAGAGAACUUUGUUGCAAGCAGCUUCGCUACUCUGGAAUGAUGGAGACUAUACGGAUCCGACGAGCUGGAUAUCCCAUCAGGCACGACUUUGCCAAGUUUGUAGACAGGUACAGGAUACUGGUGGAUGGCAUUGGGCCCUCUCACAAAGAAGACUGCAGGGCUGCAUCUAAUAAAAUUUGUUCUGUUGUUUUGAAAGAUACAGACUACCAGCUUGGAAAAACUAAAGUCUUCCUCAAGGAUGCCCAGGAUUCUUUUCUGGAACAGCAGAGGGAGAUCACUCUUACCAAAAAAAUUCUGAUCAUCCAGAAGAUGGUGAGAUCGUGGCACUACAGACGCAGGUUCCUGAAGAUGAGAAAGUGUAUUGUCCAAGUACAAACUGCAGUGAGGGUAUUCCUGGAGAGGAAGCGCUUUUUUGUGAUGAAACAAGGCUACUUAAGGCUGCAAGCACUGAUCCGGUCUAGGAUUCUUUCAGCAAGGUUCAAUGUGAUCCGUCGGUGGGCUCUGAAUUUACAGUGUGUCUGUCGUGGAUAUCUGGUCAGACAAUGGGUUCACAAGAGAAUGCUAGCAAUCGUCAAAAUCCAGGCUUCAGUUCGAACUAUCAUCGCCCAGAAGCAAUUACGUAUGCUUCAAAUUGAGAAUCACAUGAGGCAGGAGGCAGAGGAACUGAGAAUGAAAGAAGAAGCUGAACUCAGGAAAAAAAUGAAUGCCAUCGAGGCCAAGAAGGAAGCUGACCGACAUUUCCAGGAACGCAUGCAGGCCAAUAAACGAGAGGUGGAGGAAAGAGCUCACCAGAUGAAACAGCAAGCUCUCCGAAAAAUCAGCCAGUCUGAGGCAGCUGAAAGACAGCACAAUGAAACUGUUAAUGAUGUCACUUUGAUGGAUAACCUCUUCAAAUUUGUUGAUGACACUGGACAAACAUCAGAACACCAUCAGACACACUUUCAUGGGAUUCCCCCAGCAGAAAUCAAUGGCUCUGAAGCAGACAUAAUCCCUGGACCAGGUCUGUAUAGUUUUGACAAUGACAUCGAUCUCUCCGAGUAUAAAUUCUCCAAGUUUGCAGCCAUGUACUUCCAGGACAACGCCACACAUUCCUACAUUCGCAGAGCCCUCAGACAACCUCUUCUGCCACUUGAAAGCAGUGGGGAUCAGUUGGCUGCACUAGCUGUAUGGAUUGUCAUCCUUAGAUUUAUGUCAGAUUUGCCUGAACCCAGGUAUCCAGCUAGUGAAGUGAAGGACAGUACUCCAGUGAUGACCAAAAUCUACUCAACUCUGGGUCGCAAAUUUAACAAGAAGGACUUGGAAGAAGCCAUGAAGCUAGGUGAAGAAAUGGAUAAAGAGGCUGCCAAUAUGCUGUACAGCCGCAAUGCUAACAAAAGAUCAGCACGAAAGAAGAUGGUUUCGUUGACAUUAAAGAAAAAGUCAAAGAUAACCGAGGAUGUAGCUAACCGGCUGCAGCAUGGUUAUGACACCGAAGUAAAUGGAGGAGGGAAUGUUUUGUUAGAUGACCGGCCGAUGUCAAAUCUGGAGAAACUACACUUUAUUAUUGGACAUGGCAUUCUGAGACCCGAACUCAGAGAUGAGAUCUACUGCCAGAUCUGCAAACAACUAACUGACAACUACUCCAAGAGUUCCCAUGCUCGAGGCUGGAUUUUGCUGUGUCUGUGCGUCUGCUGCUUCCCACCUUCGGACAAGUUGAGGCCCUACCUGCUAAGUUUCAUCCAAGAUGGUCCACCUAGCUAUGCCCCGUACUGUGUGAAGAAUUUGAGACGAACAUUAAUGAAUGGUGCCAGGAGCCAGCCCCCAAGUUGGUUGGAGCUUCAGGCGACCAAGUCGAAGAAACCAAUUAUCCUACCCAUCACUUUCAUGGACAGCAGCUCUAAAACAGUGUAUGCAGAUUCAGCCACUACUGCCAGGGAACUCUGUCAACAACUGGCAGACAAGAUUGGACUCAAGGACAAGUUUGGAUUUUCACUGUACAUUGCUCUUUUUGACAAAGUCUCAUCACUGGGAAGCGGAGGAGACCAUGUCAUGGACGCCAUCUCACAGUGUGAACAGUAUGCGAAAGAACAAGGGGCACAAGAACGUAAUGCCCCUUGGAGACUGUUCUUCCGAAAGGAAAUCUUUGCACCCUGGCACGAUCCAAGUGAAGAUGCAAUAGCUACAAAUUUGAUCUACCAGCAGAUUGUUAGAGGUAUCAAGUUUGGAGAGUACAGGUGUGAUAAAGAUGAGGAUAUAGCUAUGCUUGCAGCUCAACAGUACUUCAUAGAGUAUGGUCAGAACAUAGAAAUUCAGCGACUCCAGUCACUGCUUCCAACUUACAUUCCAGAAUCUUGCCUUCAGAAGCCAAACUCACUUCAGAUGUGGAUGAAUGCAGUGAUAAAUAAACUGAAGAGUCCCUACUUCCAAGACUUUAGAGUGGAAUCUUCAAAGGUGAAAGAAGACAUAGUUAGCUAUGCUAGAUACAAAUGGCCUCUGCUGUUUUCAAGAUUUUACGAGGCCCGCAAAUUCUCAGGGCCUAGUCUGCCAAAGAAUGAUGUUAUCAUCGCUGUGAACUGGACUGGUGUCUAUGUGGUUGACGACCAAGAGCAAGUGCUGCUGGAGUUGUCCUUCCCAGAGAUUACAGCAGUAACAAGUGGCAGAUUGGGCAAGAUGCACGGCCAAAGCUUCACCCUGACAACUGUUAAAGGUGAAGUGUUUACUUUUACUUCUACAAAUGCUGAGGAUAUUCACGACCUCAUUACCACCUUCUUGGAGGGUCUGAAGAAGAGAUCUCGUUAUGUUAUUGCUAUACAAGAUUAUCUGAAACAAGAUGGGCCAUCAUUUUUAACAUUCAAGAAAGGGGACCUGAUCAUCCUGGACCCAGAUAACACUGGGGAGGCGGUCAGGAAGUCUGGCUGGUGCUGUGGGGAGAAUGUCAGAACCAAGCUAAAAGGCGAUUUCCCAGCGGAAUGUGUCUAUGUGCUGCCGACCAUAAACAAGCCGGCACCGGAAAUAGUGAAUUUGUUCAUGCAAUCGGGAUCUUUAGCAGAGCAGUUUUCUGUGGAUGAAAACAUAGCAAAGGGGACAACAGAACUGCACACUUUAGAGCAGUAUUCUUAUGAUCACUUCAGAGCUCCACCCAAGAAAACCUUAAGUGGAACCUUAAACAAAAGAAAACAAAACGAUGAACUGUGGAAACAUUCCAAAGAGCCUUUGAAACAACCUCUGCUGAAGAAGCUCAUUGGCAAUGAGGCACUCAGUGAUGAGGCGUGCAAUUGCUUCUUGAAUAUCCUUGUGAUAAUCUUUUAUAUUGUUUAUCACCCUGGUCGUAAGACCCGUGUUGCUAAUGAGUACACUGACCAGAUUUUUGCAGCUCCAAUCAGCCAGGAAUUACUCAGAGAUGAAAUUUACUGCCAGAUAAUGAAACAGUUGACUGAAAAUAGGAGCAGUGUGAGUGAAGAGCGGGGCUGGGAGCUGAUGUGGCUGAUAACUGGAUGCUUCCCACCAAGUUCACAUCUGCUGUCACAGCUAACAGCUUUCCUGCGGACUCGGUCUCAUGUUGAAAUAGCCUCUGACUGCCUUGUCCGCUUACAGAAGUGUCUCAGAACUGGAGUACGUAAAUACCCACCACAUCAAGUGGAAGUUGAGGCCAUUCAGCACCAGACAACGCAGAUCCUUCACAAAGUCUACUUCCCUAAUGAUACAGAUGAGGGUUUUGAAGUAGAAUCCAGCACCAGAGCCAAGGAUUUCUGCCAGAACAUAGCCAAAAAGCUUGGCUUACAUUCUGCAGAAGGAUUCAGUUUGUUUGUGAAGAUUUCUGACAAAGUAAUAAGUGUCCCAGAGGGCGAUUUCUUCUUUGACUUUGUUCGACACCUCACAGACUGGAUUCGUAAAGCCAGGACAUCAAAGGAAGGUGCUGCUCCAUCGUUUACCUACCAGGUUUUCUUCAUGAAAAAAUUGUGGACCAACACAAUUCCAGGAAAAGAUAUCCAGGCGGAUAUCAUCUUCCAUUACCAUCAGGAGUUGCCCAAGUACCUCAGAGGUUACCACAGGUGCAGUAAGGAGGAAGCUGCACAAUUGGCAGCCCUCAUAUACAGGGUCAUGUUUGGAGAGGAUAAAAAUAACCUGAACAAAAUACCGGAAAUGCUGAAUCGUCUGAUCCCAAGUGAUUUAGUGAGGGCUCUCUCAGCAGAUGAGUGGAAGAGGGCCAUUAUCACUGCCUAUAACAGGGAUGCUGGGAAAAGCCCAGCUGAAGCUAAAGUUGGCUUUCUAAAGAUUAUCCACAACUGGCCAACAUUUGGAUCAGCAUUUUUUGACGUCAAG